AUGGAUAUGAAAUGGCCACCCCGUGGAUAUGAACCUGGUUUCAUAUCUGGUGGUCCAGCAGAUACUAUCCAAAAAUCGAGCACAUUCCCUCUACGUAUGAGAAGGACGAUACCCUCUUACGGUGCCGCCGCGUUUGGGGGGCUAUGCCCAAACAAAGAAGGCGGAUGGAGCGGGUGUCAUGUUGUUUCCUCGCGUGGAAAUACCGCGAUACCAAGCGACAACCCUGCAGCAAAGUUAAUGCGGGGAAAAUCUGUUGUAUCCAGUUUAUGCGCAGUUGGGAGAAUUUUUGAUCCCGUGACUGGUUGUUCCGAGUCCGGAUUCUGGAUCCAAAGCGGUUUUUUCGUUACAGCGUUCCAUUUUGCUAAAUGGAACACAGAGAAUAAGCCCACUACCGAAGAAAUCAACAAUUUCCGCCUCGAGGCUCGAGAACUUUUUGUUUCGUGCGAGACAAUUGCAGGUAUCCCAAAAGAUCCGGAUAAUGUUCCGGUCCGUUUUGAAGAUGGUAUCAUCGAAAGUGACUGCGCAGUUUUCCGACCCUCCGAUCCUAACUAUCGACCAAAUUCCUGGAUACCGCACAAUCGGCUUUUGGACCCCGAGAUGGUGGAAGCCCUGUCACUGGACUUAUCCAAAUAUUUUAUCUUUGCAGCUGGCUAUAAUUGUGGGAAUUACGAAGGGUUAGAUGAAUAUAUGGAAGCAUAUAAAAGAGGAUUCCCAAAUAGAUUUGAGGGAGCUGGUGGUACCCUCCAAGUCGAACCUGACUACGAGCAACUUCUUCAUCCUGAUAGAAAAACAGUCUCAUGCGGAAGUAUUAAAAAAUACGAUGCAUCACCUCAAAUCCUUGUGGAUUGUAGCUUUUGGAAAGGUUAUUCGGGUGGGCCCAUCUUCUGCAUUUUUAACGAAGAAAGGUCUGUACCAUUUGUUAUCGGCACAAGUAAGUAA